CAAGCCGUGGAAGACUCUUACGCCCACGCGAGGGGACCGCUCAUCAGAAUGCGGAGCUUUGGCCGGUGACUUGCAUAGGCGCACUUCUGGCCCGUCCCUGCCAAUGUGAUGUUGCCAUGAUGGUGGGCGACUCCCGCUGACCAGCCUGAUGGAACAUGAAACAGUGAAAAUUCAUCAGGGACGACUUCCACCAAGAAACGUGAGAGGUGUCCAUUUUGGGCCAAUUCCACCGGCACACCGCUCUUUAUCAGCCGACAGCAUGUUUUCUGUUGCGACGUGUGGACGGGAUGCGUGGCUUGAUUGGUGGCUUGAGGAAGUGGGAGAGAUGGGAUUUGAUGGCGUCCUCAUUUCGGCUCCGCUGCGGCAGUUGCGGAUCGGAGGACGGCUGGACCCCGCUGUGGUAGUGUACGGACUCAAAUCGAGGAGAUGUUGCUCGCUCAUCAAUCUCAUCAGUGAGGGCCGUGUGGUGUCGAGGAGCCGAGAAAAUCAUUGGCUGGGAGUGUGUUUUAACGAUUGGAAACCUCCACUGGGCUGUACCUUGUUGCGAUUGUCUGACCCGAGAUGCAGGUUUGGGGGCUUGGAAACAGUCCCGAUAUCACGCGCGGUGUCUUUCGAAAGGCAUGUCCUCAUAUCUCUGCGGGUUCCUGCAUGCGCAUCAAACCUCAUCAAUCAGGAGAGGUACCCUUUUGGCUGUAAUGAGCCUCCCAACUCUUCCACUGCACAUUGAGAAAAUCCCCAAGAUGGCUCAUGACUGCAACCCCUCCCUGCAUGACACGAUCGUUAAGGUCGUGGGGGCGACUUCCCCAGAGUGGCC